AAAUUUUCCAACUCAAGUUAGUGGGAACAUAGGAAAAAAAAAAAAAAGAAAAAAAAAAGAAGCGAAUAUGCCGAACCGAACUCCCUUGUCCCGACUCUCGAGGUCAUAAAUUUCCCGAAGCUCCGAAACCCCGUCUAUCAGGUCAAAAGAUCGACGGCCACCGAACCCACUUACCACCACAAGAUUCAACGGUUCAAAUCCAACGCAUCAGCAAAGACCGAUCCUAUCGUCCUCCUAACAACUCUCCCAUUUUUCUCCACCUCUGAACUGUUUCCAUUCAAAAUUCACUCCCAUACCCUCUUUUUUCUCGCUCAUUUUCCUGCGCUUUUUCUCGGGAAAAAAAUGGUGAAAGGACCGGGUCUCUACUCCGACAUUGGCAAGAAAGCCAGAGAUCUUCUGUACAAGGAUUACCAGGCUGAUCACAAAUUCACCAUCACUACUUACACUUCCGCCGGAGUCGCAAUCACUUCGACUGGAAUCAAGAAAGGCGAGCUCUUUUUGGCCGAUGUGAGCACCCAAUUGAAGAACAAGAACAUCACAACUGAUGUAAAAGUUGAUACCAACUCUAACCUUCUCACCACCAUCACUGUCGAUGAGCCGGCACCUGGACUCAAGGCAAUCUUUAGCUUUAUUGUUCCUGAUCAGAGAUCUGGAAAGGUGGAACUCCAAUACCAGCACGAGUAUGCUGGGAUCAGCACUAGCAUUGGGUUGACUGCAAAUCCGUCCGUCAACUUUUCUGGUGCGGUUGGAAACAAUACUCUGGCCAUUGGAACAGAUCUGUCGUUUGACACUGCCACUGGGAACUUCACCAAGUUCAAUGCUGGGUUGAAUUUCACCCGCUCCGACCUAAUUGCUUCCUUGACAUUGAAUGAUAAAGGUGAUGCCCUAACUGCUUCGUACUACCAUUCUGUAAGCCCACUGACCAACACUGCUGUUGGGGCGGAGCUAUCCCAUAGUUUCUCAAGCAAUGAAAACACACUCACAAUUGGCACACAACACGCUCUUGAUCCCCUAACUACUUUGAAGGCUCGUGUAAACAAUUCCGGGAAGGCCAGUGCUCUCAUUCAGCACGAGUGGCGCCCGAAAUCGCUCUUCACCAUUUCAGGAGAAGUGGACACCAGGGCAAUUGAGAAGAGCGCAAAGAUUGGUCUAGCCUUGGCCCUUAAGCCUUAGACUAAGGAACUUGUCUGGCGCCAAGCUAAUGCCAUUGGAAGAAGGUUGGUCUUUUUUAGUGGGGGCAAUAAGUCAGGUCCAGUGGCACAGUAACUUUUCCGAUGAACUUGCGGUUUGUUGAUGUGUUGGUUUCUUCAAAUCUUUUGGUGGUCAUGGGUUGUAUAAAAUAAUUGGCACAAACUAUAGUCAAAUUCCAUUUCAUAUUCAUCCGUUACCUUUUGUCAAUGGACGGGUAUACUUAAAUUGGUUUGAUAUGAAAGUUUUGUCGCUUUUGCUUCCAUUUUCAAAAUAAUAAAAAUAAAGUAAAACACGAUCUUGUUAAGCUG